AUGAAUACCGAUAACAGGUCACCGCCAGAUGCGCUGAGGCACGUCAAACAUAUUUUGCUAAUUUUAUCCGGCAAGGGUGGUGUGGGGAAGAGUUCGGUCACUACUCAAUUGGCGCUUACAUUGGCGGCGAUGGGCCACAAGGUGGGUGUUUUGGACAUUGACUUAACGGGGCCAUCGAUCCCAAGAAUGUUUGGGUUGGAAGGCCAAUCUAUAUAUCAGUCAGAUGAGGGCUGGAUGCCUGUGGUCAAGUUCAAGCAAGGUCCCGGGGUACUAAAAGUCAUGUCUCUCGGUUUUCUGUUAGAUGACAGGGGAAGUAGCGUAGUGUGGAGAGGUCCCAAAAAAACUGCAAUGAUUAAACAAUUUAUCAAAGAUGUAGUAUGGGGCGAGCUUGACUUUUUACUGAUCGACACCCCUCCUGGCACCUCGGACGAGCAUAUAUCCAUAGCAGAGGAGCUUCGUUGGGCGAAUCCGGAUGGAGGCAUCAUUGUCACGACCCCACAAAAUGUAGCCACAGCCGACGUUAAAAAAGAAAUUAACUUUUGUCGAAAAGUCAAUUUUGAAAUUCUUGGAGUCAUUGAGAACAUGUCUGGUUUCGUAUGCCCUCAUUGUGCGGAGUGUACAAAUAUUUUUUCCAAAGGCGGUGGCCAAAAACUUUGCGAAGACCUUGAUAUUGACUUUCUUGGGAGCAUUCCAAUUGAUCCAACUUUUGUUGACCUCAUUGAAAACCAAAAUUCAUCUAAUUCAAAUUUAGUAGAACUUUAUCAGAGGCAAGCCCUUUUUCCAGUCUUCCAAGCAAUAAUACAGUCAAUUCACCAGAAUGGUGCUGCUCCUCGAGUAUCUAGUUAA